UAAAUGGUUUAUCUUAGUUCAUGUGAUAUAUCAAUCAUAAAUUGUUAGUUUUUUUUAUAGUGUGCUCUGUUAUGUUUUGCUUAACAAAAGUGUAUGGUAAAUGAAAUGAUACAUGAUAGUCGUGUUAUAAAUUGUAUUCGUAAUGAAAAAAUUAGCUGCAAUCUAAAAAUAUAGCGGUAUUGGGUUACACUGAAGUCCAAGGACAUGGCUUCAUUGCUACUAAUGUGAAAGUUAAAAACUUGAAUUUUAAUGAAAAUCGUAGUAGUAGUUAUUUUAUUAUCAAAAUUCUCUAACUGCAGCCAAAAAAAAUAUUAAAAUUACUAACGUUGUUUAUAUAUUGUGCCUACUAUUUAUCGUCUACUACGGCUGUAUCUAUUACAAAUAAGGUUUAAAGAGUUGGGAAAGUCCGUAUAAUCGUAGUGGAUACACACCAAUCACAAUCGCCAAUUAAAAAUAUUUCAAGUCUUUCAUAUUUAGGACAAGGCGCUAUCUGCAUUAUCGGAACAGAAUCUCAAAAUAAAAAAUGCGAAAAUACAAAUAAAUAUGUAAAUUAAUUUUAAAAAAUUAGUUUUUUUAGAGAAAUACAUAUGAUAUGCUAGCAACAUUAAUUAAUUUUUAAAUUUCGAAAUGAAGUAUUAUAAAAUUGAAAUAAAUAAAACAGAAUGGGAAGUGCCAGAACGUUACCAAAUGCUAGCAGCAGUUGGUUUAGGAGCUUAUGGACAAGUUUGCUCUGCAGUUGAUAAUCAAACCGGAUUAAAAGUAGCUAUUAAAAAACUUGCUAGACCAUUUCAAUCAGCUGUUCAUGCAAAACGGACAUAUCGUGAAUUACGUAUGUUGAAACAUAUGAAUCAUGAAAAUGUGAUUGGUUUAUUGGAUGUAUUUACACCAGCAAAUUCCAUCAACAAUUUCAAUCAGUUAUAUUUAGUGACUCAUUUGAUGGGAGCAGAUUUAAACAAUAUUAUACGAACUCAAAAGUUAUCUGAUGAUCAUGUUCAGUUCCUUGUCUAUCAAAUAUUAAGAGGCUUAAAGUACAUACAUUCAGCCGGGAUAAUACACAGAGAUUUAAAACCAUCGAAUAUUGGUGUCAAUGAAGAUUGUGAAUUAAAAAUAUUAGAUUUUGGUUUAGCUAGACCAACAGAAAGUGAAAUGACUGGUUAUGUAGCUACUAGAUGGUAUAGGGCUCCAGAAAUAAUGUUAAAUUGGAUGCAUUACAAUCAAACAGUUGAUAUUUGGUCUGUGGGAUGUAUAAUGGCUGAACUACUUACAGGAAGAACAUUGUUUCCUGGUACUGAUCAUGUGGAUCAUUUAACACGUGUAUUAGUUUUAUGUGGAACACCGUCUGUAGAAUAUUUAAAUAAAAUUAAAAGUUCAGAGGCAAAAAAGUAUAUUCAAUCUUUACCAGUUAUGAAGAAGAAAGACUUUGGAGAAGUUUUUAAAGGAGCAAAUCCAUUAGCAAUUAAACUAUUAGAAGAAAUGUUGGAAUUAGAUGCUGACAAAAGAAUGACUGCUGAAAAAGCCUUAGCACAUCCAUACUUAGUUCAGUAUGCGGAUCCAACAGAUGAACCAAAUUCUCCUCCUUAUGAUCAAAGUUUUGAAGAUAUGGAAUUAAAUGUAGAAAAAUGGAAAGAACUUGUUUGGGAGGAAGUUAAAAGUUAUGUUCCAUCUACUCAACUAAUAUCAUCAUGAAAUGUUAAGUUUAUUAUUUUUCUUUUUGUACAAUCUCACUGUUACUGACUACUGGAAACAAUAUGUUCAUAUCAUUGUUUACUGAUUAUCAUAAACAAUAUAUUAAUAAUCAUUUUUUAUUAUUUUUAAUAAAAGUAAUUUUGUGUAAUAAUUACCUAAUAAUAAAUUUUAAUAUAAAUGUAAAAUUAUUUUAACAUAGUUUGUAACAACAUUUAUUAUAAUUUUAUUUCACAUU